AUGUUUAAUAAAUGGUUUAAACCUACAAUUCCUAUUUUGAGAAUUAAUUCAGGAAUUGAUUAUAAUAGUGCUAAAUUAGUUGAGGAAUCCUUAAAGCCACUUUCUAGAAUGAAAGCCUUAGCAGUUGUAAUUAAUUCCACAGGAGGUCUACUUGUUUAAGGAGAAUUAAUGAAAAAGAAAAUAGAAUUAUUUGCAAAAACUCAUAAAUUACCACUUUACACUUUUGCAGAAGAUUCUGCAUUAUCAGCUGGCUAUUAUUUAUUAUCAAUUGGAAAUAAGAUAUUUGUUGAUGAAGCAUCUUUAGUAGGUUCAAUAGGAGUACUAUAUUUGAAUCUGAAAAUUUAGAAUGUAACUAGGAGAUUAGGAUUUGAACCUAGAAAGUUUUCUUCAAAUAAGUAAAUUGAUUUAAAAUAUAUUUUAAAUAGAAUGCUCUUCCAAAAUUAUACAGGUUUAAAUGAUGAAAGGGAUGAAGGAAUGGAAAGUAUUAUAAAAGAUUAAUUUGGUAUAAUGAGAUAAUAAUUUUUUGAUCAUUGUGAUAAAUAUAGACCACAAUUAUAAAAAUAAGAUGCAGAUGUUAAAGAUUUAAUUUAUAAUGCUAAUAUAUUUACAGGAAAAGAUGCUGUUAAAUAUGGGUAAAUGAUUAAUAAAUAUAAUUUAUAGAUUGGCUGAUGAAAUUGGAAAUUUUGAAGAAGUUUUGAAUCGAAUUCAUCCAGAUUGUUAAUUAAUAGAUAUUACUAGAAUUCCUCUUGGUUAAUAUUAUAUAAUGAAAUAACAGUAAUCUUGAUAGAAUUCAAUAACCAUUUCAC